AACUUCCAUUAAGCACUCGGGGCAGGAGGAGCGAAAGUUUCGCGCAGGCAGCAGGCGGGAGCCGGGCACCGAGGAUCGCGCAGAGAGCGAGGAGCGCGGCAUGGAGCGUCUGGCGCCCUGCGUCUGCCUUGUCCUGCUCUGGGGCUGCCGGCUGGCCCCCGCCGCCGCGGCGCAGGGCAAGGAAGUUGUACUGUUGGACUUUGCUGCGGCUAAAGGGGAACUCGGCUGGCUCACACACCCGUACGGCAAAGGGUGGGACCUCAUGCAGAGCAUGAUGGACGACAUGCCCAUCUACAUAUACUCUGUGUGCAACGUGGUGGCCGGCGACCAGGACAACUGGCUCCGUACCAACUGGGUGUACCGCGGGGAGGCCGAGCGCAUCUUCAUCGAGCUCAAGUUCACCGUGCGCGACUGCAAUAGCUUCCCCGGGGGCGCCAGCUCCUGCAAGGAAACCUUCAACCUCUAUUACGCUGAGUCGGAUGUGGACUAUGGCACCAACUUCCAGAAGCGCCAGUUCACCAAGAUCGACACCAUCGCGCCCGACGAGAUCACAGUUAGCAGUGACUUCGAAGCGCGCCACGUGAAGCUGAACGUGGAGGAACGCUCCGUGGGGCCACUCAGCCGCAAGGGCUUCUACCUGGCCUUCCAGGACAUUGGUGCCUGUGUGGCGCUGCUUUCGGUCCGUGUCUACUACAAGAAGUGUCCUGAGCUGCUGCAGGGCCUGGCCCACUUCCCUGAGACCAUCGCAGGCUCCGAUGCACCCUCCCUGGCCACCGUGGCUGGCACCUGCGUGGACCACGCUGUGGUGCCACCUGGGGGUGAAGAGCCCCGCAUGCACUGUGCGGUGGACGGCGAGUGGCUGGUGCCCAUCGGUCAGUGCCUGUGCCAGGCAGGCUACGAGAAGGUGGAGGACGCCUGCCAGGCCUGCUCACCGGGAUUCUUCAAGUCCGAAGCAUCUGAGAGCCCUUGUCUGGAGUGCCCCGCACACACCCUGCCAUCCUCUGAGGGGGCUACCGCCUGCGAAUGUGAGGAAGGCUACUUCCGGGCCCCGCAGGACCCGCUGUCAAUGCCCUGCACGCGUCCCCCCUCCGCCCCACACUACCUCACGGCCGUGGGCAUGGGCGCCAAAGUGGAGCUGCGCUGGACGCCCCCCCAGGACAAUGGGGGCCGCGAGGACAUCACCUACAGUGUCACCUGUGAACAGUGCUGGCCGGAGUCGGGCGAGUGCGGGCCCUGUGAGGCCAGCGUGCACUACUCGGAGCCACCCCAUGGGCUCACCCGCACCAGUGUGACAGUCAGCGACCUGGAGCCCCACAUGAACUACACCUUUGCCGUCGAGGCUCGCAAUGGUGUCUCGGGCCUGGUGACUAGCCGCAGCUUCCGCACCGCCAGCGUCAGCAUCAACCAGACAGAGCCCCCCAAGGUGAAGCUGGAGGGCCGCAGCACCACCUCGCUGAGCGUCUCCUGGAGCAUCCCUCCACCGCAGCAGAGCCGCGUGUGGAAGUACGAAGUCACCUACCGCAAAAAGGGGGACUCCAACAGCUACAACGUACGCCGCACCGAAGGCUUCUCCGUGACCCUGGAUGACCUGGCUCCAGACACCAUCUACCUGGUCCAGGUGCAGGCACUGACGCAAGAGGGCCAGGGUGCCGGCAGCAAAGUGCACGAGUUCCAGACGCUGUCCACGGAAGGAUCCAGCAACAUGGCAGUGAUCGGCGGCGUGGCUGUCGGCGUGGUCUUGCUUCUGGUGCUGGCAGGAAUCGGCAUCUUCAUCCACCGCAGGAGGAAGAGCCUACGGACCCGCCAGUCCUCGGAGGAUGUCUAUUUCUCCAAGUCAGAACAACUGAAGCCCCUGAAGACAUAUGUAGACCCCCACACAUACGAGGACCCCAACCAGGCUGUGCUCAAAUUCACCACCGAGAUCCAUCCAUCCUGCGUCACACGGCAGAAAGUGAUCGGAGCAGGAGAGUUUGGGGAGGUGUACAAAGGGACACUGAAGGCCUCGGGAAAGAAGGAGGUACCCGUGGCCAUCAAGACGCUGAAAGCCGGCUACACAGAGAAGCAGCGGGUGGACUUCCUCAGCGAGGCCAGCAUCAUGGGCCAGUUCAGCCACCACAACAUCAUCCGCCUGGAGGGCGUCGUCUCCAAAUACAAGCCCAUGAUGAUCAUCACUGAAUACAUGGAGAACGGGGCCCUGGACAAGUUCCUUCGGGAGAAGGACGGGGAGUUCAGCGGGCUGCAGCUGGUGGGUAUGCUGCGGGGCAUUGCGGCUGGCAUGAAGUACCUGGCCAACAUGAACUACGUGCACCGCGACCUGGCCGCCCGCAACAUCCUCGUCAACAGCAACCUGGUCUGCAAGGUGUCUGACUUCGGCCUGUCCCGCGUCCUGGAGGAUGACCCCGAGGCCACCUACACCACCAGUGGCGGCAAAAUCCCCAUCCGCUGGACAGCUCCAGAGGCCAUUUCCUACCGCAAGUUCACGUCCGCCAGCGACGUGUGGAGCUAUGGCAUCGUCAUGUGGGAGGUGAUGACGUACGGCGAGCGGCCCUACUGGGAGCUCUCGAACCACGAGGUGAUGAAAGCCAUCAACGACGGCUUCCGGCUCCCCACACCCAUGGACUGCCCCUCCGCCAUCUACCAGCUCAUGAUGCAGUGCUGGCAGCAGGAGCGUACCCGCCGCCCCAAAUUCGCUGACAUCGUCAGCAUCCUGGACAAGCUCAUCCGAGCCCCCGACUCCCUCAAGACCCUGGCUGACUUUGACCCCCGGGUAUCCAUCCGACUGCCCAGUACCAGCGGCUCGGAGGGGGUGCCCUUCCGCACGGUGUCCGAGUGGCUGGAGUCCAUCAAGAUGCAGCAGUACACAGAACACUUCCUGGCGGCCGGCUAUACCGCCAUCGAGAAGGUGGUGCAGAUGACCAACGAUGACAUCAAGAGGAUCGGGGUGCGGCUGCCUGGCCACCAGAAGCGGAUCGCCUACAGCCUGCUGGGCCUCAAGGACCAGGUGAAUACAGUGGGGAUCCCCAUCUGAGCCCCACCAGGCCUCGCGGCCUUCUCAGCAAAGAAUACUUGAAGAAACAGACUGGCCUCCCUGCCAGCUCCAGACUGGGCCACUAGGGACCUUAUUUAUUUCUAGUUGUUCUUUUUUUUUUUUUUUUUUUUUCCUUUUUAGGGCUGCACUUGCGGCAUAUGGAAGUUCCCAGGCCAGGGGUCGAAUUGGAGCUGCAGCUGCUGGCCUACGCCACAGCCACAAGGGAUCUGAGCCGCAUCCACAACCUACACCGCAGCUUGCGGCAAUGCAGUAUCCUUAGCCCACUGAGAGAGGCCAGUGAUCGAAACUGAAUCCUCAUAGACAAUGUCUGGUCCUUAACCUGCUGAGCCACAGCAGGAACUCCUAGUUGUUCUCUAUUGAUGACACCCUGAGGCCUCUGCUGGAAGAAUCUUGGAUGAUACCUUGGCCUGAAGUAAAGAGAAGCUGGGGAUCCUGGACAGGUGGUCCUCUUCAUCUACAAAGGACGGAUAGCCAAGCACUUAGCAGGCAUCGCCAUGUUCCCAGCACCCCCCGGACAGGAGCCUCUCCAGGGCCUUAGGACGUUGCCACACGGACCUCCCCUUUGCCAUCAUAGGAGGUGGGAUGGCCAGCUGUGGUCACAGGAGCAGAGUAUCAUGAGAAGAAGGAGCAGUGCCCCUCAUGAGAAGAAGACAAAUGGCAAAUUCAGUUGACAAGACUCAAGAGUUUCUCCACACCUUCUAGUGCCUUCCUCUGCCCCCCAGGCUCUAUCCUCAGCCCCCACGGGCCAAACUCUUGCUUCCUUGGGGCCCUUGCAGGAUGCUUGGUUCUGUUGAGCUUUUUUAAAACAUAUAUUUUGUACUUUGUGGCGAGAAUGUGUGUAUGAUAGGGGGCCUAGCCAGGGCUGGGGGGGCAGACAGCAGCCUGUGUGGGACAUUCCAGGCUGGGGGCCGGCCCAUCCGGUCUCUCACCUCUUUAAACAACAUUCAUUACUCUGUCAGUGUUAAUGAUUUUGUUGUAUUGGGUUUUGUUUUUGUUUUUGGUUUUUUUUUUUGAACCUUAAUUUAUUAUUAUUUUUUUAUAUUUAUUAUUAGGAAAUGACUUAUUUCUGCUCUGGAAUAAAGUUGCAGAUUGUUUCA